AGUUUGCUCAUUUCUGUUGGCCGCCCAGUUUCCCUCCGAGACGAGUGUUUUUGAGGAGACAAAAACAAAGUGCGUUAGAGUGGCGUUUAUUCGGUGUAAGUCACACGUUCGGCGGGUUUGUUUGGAUAUUUGAGCAUUUUUGAAGAUGCUUUGUCGGGAGUUAAGAGCCGGGCUACUGAAGAGAUUUGAAAAGGCCGGGUGAAGUGAGCGCUGCUGCCGACCAAUCGGAACAGAUCCCUGAGUGGCACUGAUGGACAGUAAAGGAGGAUCUCUGCCUGCAAUGCCUGAGCUGAAAAACCCCACCAGUAUGAAACAACUGUCUGGUUCACCAUGUGGAUGUAAGGGACUUGGUGAUGGAAGCACAGAUCCUGACAUUCUCAUGGAUAAAGCUGCUACUCAGCUGGCAGCUACACCGCAUGAUGGUGUUUUGCAGAAGAUGGGCAAUCAUAACCACAGUCAUGAGCAUCUGAAGGAUCUUACAUCUCGCUUGUUAAAUGGGGAUCAGGAUAAAAUGUCAAAGUUCUGUGCUGCUCCUCCCACAUCACCUGUCCUCAAAGGAGUGGAGUCUGGACCUCAGCAUGGCAGCCCGCAGAGGAAGGCCGACGCCUCCCCUGAGCUCACACUUAAAAUAACACAUGUGGCCAAUGGCAAGUCGCCACCAAAAAGCAUGUAUGAAGCCAGCUAUCGAGAAGAGGUCACUGAUGAACCAGAUCCAUCUCUAAGCUUAGCUGAAGGCAUCCUGGGGCUGGAUACAAGUGCUGGAAUAGAAAAGAGAAAGAGGGCACCAGUGAAGAAGAAAUUACCCCCAAGCAAAAGACAGACUAAUGGCCCUAGUGUUAAUGGCUAUGACACAUCCCCUGUUUUGCACUCGACCAUAGAGCCAGUGUGUGACCAGGCCAGAGUGUCAACUGACCUUGCCACCUCCACAGAUGUCCUGCCGUCCGAAUCUCAUGAUGCUGUUGAUGCAGACAUACCUGCCAAUGCAACAUCAAAUGCUGUGCAGCCAUCUACACUGGAUGCUGAGGAAGGCACUGAUGUGCAGGAUGUGGGUGAGAUGUUACAAAGGUCUAAGUCACCUCCUGUGCAGUUUUCAGUGGGUGAUAUUGUUUGGGCUAAAGCGUCUGGAUAUCCCUGGUGGCCAUGUAUGAUUACUACAGACCCAGAGUUCAACCUUCACUUUAGACAGAAAGGGUUACUUUACCACCUGCAGUAUUUCAGCGAUGCUCCAGAAAGAGCAUACAUUGCUGGGAAGAACCUGGUCCUGUUCUCAGGAAAAGAUCAAUACCAGACACUAUGCUGUGGAAGCAAACAGACCAGUGCCCAUUCUGAUGGGCAGAAGCGCUUAAUUCCACGCAAGCUGCGGAUACCAUGGGACACGGGCAUCUCCCAGGUAAUAGAAGCUGCAGCUUUAUCAUUAGAGGAGCGACUGGAAAAGUUUAGCUUCUCAUAUGAAGGCAGCCAGCCACGAUUUAACUCCUGUAUUCAGCAAGAGCUUCAGCAGCGCAUGCAGGAACAACCACUGCAGGAUCAUGAAGAAUUUCCAGACACAACCAGCCUCACUCCCCCAGACUCCACUCAGUCUAGCCCCAUUACUGUACAGACUCUGAGCAGCCCUCUCCCCCCUUCCCCUCCCACCUACAGCAGCACUUCAGCAGGAAAAAUGCCCCUUGCCACUAAAGCACCAACCAAUAGAGGACAAAGUAGUUGCAAGGAGCAGAAUGCUUCUGCAAAGAAGAGAAAGAAAGUAACCUCUCCGGGCGCAACCCCACCUGUGGCGGCCACUCAUACUGAUUCUACUGAUCAGGAUAUGUCCACUGAUGCAGAUGGACCUCAGAAAUCUCAUAAGAGGAAAUAUGUUAAAUCUGGGAAAUAUAAAAAGCAGCCGUUGCAGGAUGUCCUAUUUGUUGACAUUGAUCCUCAAUUAAAAGCACCUCAGAAACAGGGAAAGCUCAAACAGAAGUUUCCAGCAGCACCAAGUUCCCUGAAGAAGCAGAAAAUCAAGGCAUCUGCUAGUAUUGCUGAAGGUCUGAACACAGAAUUACUAAAGCCAGUAGUCAUAGGAAUGAAGAAACCUUUAAAACGUGCACUAGGAGAACUUCACGAGGCUGAACCUCAGCCCAAGAAGAAAGCCAAGAAGGGUGAGGGUUUAAGAUGGCAUCAGGUGCUGAAGGCACCCGAAGCCGACCCUUCUAGGAGAAAGAAACCGAAAUCUACCACAGAUGAGAAAAGAAAAAGGUCCAAAACACAAGUUCCUGUAGAGGAUCCACAAGUAAAGGCCAAGUAUGUCAGAAAGAGGAAGCAGGAAUCGGCAUCCAAGAAGAACCAGCAAUCAUCUGUGCCCCACCCAGAGACUGUGUGUGAGGAAAGACCAGAUUCCCUCAGCGACGGUCCUGAUGAUGCCCAUGCUCACAAGAAGGCAGAGCGUACAGUCAAUAAUAAAAAGGAGAGUGUGUGUCUGGUCUGUGAAAAGACAAGUGAGGACUUGGUGACGUGUGAGGGUCAGUGUUUUGGUACCUAUCACAGAGAAUGUGUGAAUUUGGAACAAUCAACUGACAAGGUGCUCUGCAUGGCCUGUCGCACAGGCGUACACACAUGCUAUACUUGUAAGAAAUCUGAAGGGGAGGUAAAACGCUGCAAUGUCCAACACUGUGGGCGAUUUUAUCAUGAGGCGUGCUUACGUUUGAGCACUUUGACUGUUUUUGACAACCGAGGAUUUCGCUGCCCACUUCAUACCUGCCUUAGCUGUCACUGCAGCGGCCGUGGCACUGCAAAAGCCACCAAAGGAAGGAUGAUGCGCUGUCUGCUCUGUCCGGUUGCUUAUCACACUGGAGACCUGUGCAUAGCAGCAGGAAGCGAGAUGCUGACAUCCACUUCUAUCGUGUGUACCAACCACUUUAGCCCUAAGAAAGGCUACAGGCAUCAUACACAUGUCAAUGUCAGUUGGUGCUUCAUCUGCUCCAAUGGUGGCAGUCUCCUGUGCUGUGAAUCGUGUCCAGCUGCAUUCCACCCUGACUGCCUGAAUAUCACCAUGCCUGAUGGUAGCUGGUUCUGUCAUGACUGCCGCUCUGGCAAGAAACCUAAAUACAGAGACAUUAUCUGGGUUAAACUGGGCAACUACAGGUGGUGGCCAGCAGAAAUUCGUCAUCCCCGGAACAUCCCUACGAACAUCCAGCACCUGCGACAUGAGAUUGGGGAGUUCCCUGUGUACUUUUUUGGCUCAAAAGACUACUAUUGGACCCACCAGGGCCGUGUCUUCCCUUUCAUGGAGGGAGACAGAGCAAGCAGGCAUCAGAGGACUGGCAUUGGGAAGGUUUUUAAAAAUGCUGUGCUGGAGGCAGAGGCUCGAUUUAAAGAGAUAAAGAUGGAGAGAGAAGCUAAAGAAGCUCAGGAGAACAACCGGAAACCUCCUCCAUACAAAUUUAUAAAGACCAACAAACCAUUUGGGCGUGUUCAGAUCUAUACAGCCGACAUCUCCGAGAUCCCUAAAUGCAACUGUAAGCCGAGUGAUGAGCGACCCUGCAGUUUUGAGUCUGAGUGCCUUAACCGCAUGCUGCUGUAUGAGUGCCAUCCUCAGGUGUGUCCAGCUGGAAACCGCUGCAUGAACCAGGACUUUACCAAGCGCCUUUAUCCAGAGACCAAGAUUAUUCGCACAGCAGGCAAGGGCUGGGGUCUAAUUUCACUCCGAGACAUCAAAAAGGGAGAGUUUGUAAAUGAGUAUGUGGGGGAGUUGAUUGAUGAGGAGGAAUGCAGAGCAAGAAUCAAAUACGCCCAAGAGAAUGACAUCACACACUUCUACAUGCUCACCAUCGACAAGGACCGGAUCAUUGAUGCAGGCCCUAAAGGAAACUUCUCUCGCUUCAUGAAUCACAGCUGCCAACCCAACUGUGAGACUCAGAAGUGGACUGUUAAUGGGGACACCCGUGUGGGCUUGUUUGCUGUGUGUGACAUUCCAGCAGGAACUGAAUUGACCUUUAACUAUAAUCUGGACUGUCUGGGGAAUGAGAAGACUGUAUGUCACUGUGAUGCACCCAACUGCAGUGGCUUCUUAGGAGACAGACCCAAGAUUACGACAACUUCAGAGCCCAAGGCUAAGGCAAAACCCCAGAAGAAAAAAUCUAAACGACGGCGCGCUCGGAGCGAAGGAAAAAAGCAGUCCGAGGACGAUUGUUUCCGUUGUGGGGACGGGGGAGAGCUGGUUCUGUGUGACCGCAAGGGCUGCACUAAAGCCUACCACCUGUCCUGCCUAGAUCGCACCAAGAGACCAUUUGGUCGUUGGGAGUGUCCCUGGCAUCACUGUGAUGUCUGUGGAAAGCUGUCUGAUGCCUUCUGCCAGCUGUGCCCCAACUCCUUUUGUAAGGCUCACGAGGAGGGUGCGCUGAGACCACACCCUGUCAGCAAUCAGCUGUGCUGCCUGGAGCAUGAAGACUCUGACCUGCAGCCUUCAGCGGUGCCCUCCCAGGACUCUGGCGUUACCACUAAACCUACCAAACGCCGCCGCAACACCUCAGCCAAGAAAAGGCCAAGGAAACACUGUAAACAGGCAGCAGAAGCAUAAAGCCAGUCAGCCAGCCAGCACGCCCCUCCUCCGUUCCCACCAUGGCCUUUCACUCACUCAUGAUUCAGUGGUAUUGCCAUCAUGACUAUUCUCCCAAACUGCAAGCACUGUGUGUAUGAUCAGGGAAGUACAUGAACACUGUAGAGCUCCACAGAGCCGCCACAUCAGGUGCCCCCUCACUUACUCGCUCAACCUCACUUAACUCACUCACUCUCAGUCUGAUUCACUCUGCGUGAGAUCGUAUCACACCAAACAGCCUCAUUACUACACAGCAUUACUGAGGCCAAACUUGAAUCUUUUAUACAUGGCUUUUAUUUUAUUUUUUAAAUAGAGGAUUCUUUUAACAGUAGAUGUAUAUGGAAAUGUAUAUGAAAUACCAAAUUAUAAUAAUACUGGAGUUAUUGAUAGUAACAGAUUUUUUUAACCAGUUGUUGCAUUUAAUGUAAAACACUAUGGUUAGCCUUGAUUUGUUUUGUUUUUUAUGAAGUUCGUUAAUAGAUUGCAUUUAAUUGCAGAGCAGCAGAGUUUUAGCACAUUUUUGUUAGCUCAUUUUUUUGAGUUCCUGUAACAUGCUAGAAUCGUAAACGUUUCUGUGAAAAUCUACCUAUUCAGAGUUUAAAUAAGGACACAGUUAAUUCAGUCAAGGUGCUUUUUGUGAGGUUUGGGUAAAAAUAAAGCUUUUACAAGCA